GCCUUCACUUGCCAGUGGGGGAAAAAAAGGCUGCAGGUUUGUUGUAGUGAGUUUAUCACUGAGACAGGGGUCAAGUGAAAGACAAAGAAAAAUGGCGAAUGCAUUCAUUUACUGGCUUCAGAGCACCAAGCUUUCUACUUUACAAUGUGUCCUGUCUGCAUUGCACUGCAGCUGCGUUUGGGGCUUCCUGCAUUUGAGAAGCUUUUUGAUUGCUGGCCUCCUUUUUUUUGGAGCCUAGGAGUGUCUUCCAGUGCUCCUUUUCCUCUCCUUCCGGACCUGGAGAGGAAAGAGUACAUUCUUACCAUGAAGCUGGAUGUUGGGGUCUAGGAAUGUCUAACACUGCAGAUGGUUCGUUUAGUACAGCCUCUCAGGGAGGUGGCAGCAGUGAAGCCCAGCACUUGCUCCAGACGUUCUGGCCACGUGUCAUGGAAGAGAUACGCAACUUGACACCAAAUGAUUUCAAGGUGCAAGAUCUUCCCUUGGCUCGUAUCAAGAAGAUUAUGAAGCUUGAUGAAGAUGUAAAGAUGAUCAGUGCAGAGGCACCAGUGCUGUUUGCGAAAGCAGCUCAGAUUUUCAUUACAGAGUUAUCCUUACGAGCAUGGAUACACACUGAAGAUAACAAACGCAGGACUCUGCAGAGGAACGACAUUGCCAUGGCCAUUACUAAGUUUGAUCAGUUUGAUUUUCUGAUUGACAUUGUUCCUAGAGAUGAGCUCAAACCUCCAAAACGACAGGAAGAAGUUCGCCAGACAGUUCCAAGCUCAGAGCAAGUGCAGUACUACUUCACAUUAGCUCAACAGCCCACAACUGUGCAAGUACAGGGGCAGCAACAGGGCCAACAGGGCUCUGGUAGCACAACCAUACAACCAAGUCAGAUCAUCAUUGGACAACCGCAACAGGGACAGGUAGUGCAAGGAGCUACUGUCCAGCAGUUACAGCAAGUACAGGUUGCACAAUCUCAGACUACAGCAUCUUCCAUUACGACUGCCCCGGUGACAAUGCAGGUUGGAGAUGGACAACAGGUGCAAAUUGUUCCAGCACAGAAUCAAACACAACAGACUCAGUCCAAUUCAGGACAGACCAUGCAGGUCAUGCAACAGAUUAUCACCAACACUGGCGAGAUACAGCAAAUACCGGUGCAAUUGAAUGCAGGACAACUGCAGUAUAUUCGGCUAGCUCAGCCUGUAUCUGGAACUCAAGUGGUCCAGGGACAAAUCCAGACCCUUGCCUCAGGAACUGCACAGCAGGUAGGACAAGCAGAAGUUCAACAGGGACAACAGCAACAGCAGCAACAGUACAGCCAGUUUACUGACGGACAGCAACUAUACCAGAUUCAACAGGUUACCAUGCCAGCAGGACAGGACAUUACCCAGCCUAUGUUCAUCCAGUCCACGAACCAGACUACAGAUGGGCAACCUACUCAGGUCACGGGGGAAUAGUGCAAAGGGAUUGGACAGCUGAAAUCAACUGCCAUAGAAGCCAUUGUAUAAAUAGUAAAGUCACUAAAUAACCAGGAUGGAAAAUGACUCUUUUUGAAGUUUUCUUUUUCUGUUGCAUUGUGCUAAGUGAAAAUAAUUGUACAUACGUAAAUUGCAAUAAACUCCUUCCGAGUAAUGCUUUGUAAACCCGUGAGAGGACAAGAAAGGAGAGUUCCUCCCAAUGCUGAUUACCCUGUACCAUCAUUGAUCAUAUUGCUGUCGUUCUAUUCAUUUGUACAGUGUUGUUGCUCACCAAGGUUAAUCAGCUUUUUUCUUAAAAAAAAAAGGAACAUAAUGGAGUAAAUCUGCAUUUAACAUAGAUCUGAGUUACAUGGAGGUAAACUUAUAAACUGUGUUCCUUGGUUCACCUAUCAGAGAGUCUAAUUAACAAUUUCUCCGUAACAGGUUUAUAAACCAGAGUUCUCAGAAUGCUGAAUCAAGACCUGUAUAUGUAAAUUGGUCAAAAUUAAAGAAUUGAUCACUGAGAGAUUUUUAUAGUGAAGCAUUAGAAGGGAAUGUUCAACAUCAAUGAAAAAGUCUUUUAACAGUGGAAUUCCAAUAGGAGUGUUAGAAUAUAAAAUAUGACCAAAGCUUAAUAGAGGAAAAUGAGCUGUAGUCAGGGAAAUGCAGGGAGCAAAUUCAUGAACUUGGGGCUAAACAGCUGAAGGCACAGACACUGAUGGGCGAACAAUUUUAAAUUGAUGAUGCUGAAGAAAUUUGAACGAGACGAGUGCAGAUUCCUUGGAAGCUGUGGGCUUGAGGCAAUAGGAGGGAAUGAGUCUUUGGAUGGAUUUGAAACCAGGAUGAAAAUUUAAAAAUGAAGACUAACAUUCAAAGUGCUGUGUAAAUCAGAGACCAAGAUCUAGUCUCCUCCAGAGAGGAGUAGAAAGAGACAUCUUAGAGAAUUCUGGUGAAAUGUUGAACAAUGUUUGUAAACUAUGCUCUCCAACUCAACAACUACAGUCUUAUACUACUGUUGGAAAAAGUGGGAUUAAACUUUAAAUAUUAAUGAGAUAUGGACAUUACUCAUAUGCACGUAUUUAUAUCGCUCCUCUAGUUGCCCUUCCAUCUUAUCAUUUUGUUACUUAUUUAAGAAAUCUGUUUAAUGUUUACAAAAUGUUGAUAGCUCAGUGAAGUUUAGAAUGUUGGUGUUUACAGUAACUGUCUCUUGGAUCUAACUGUAUAAUACUCAUGAGUGAACUGCACAGGGCCGUGAAGAUGAGGUGUUUGGUCAGAUAUUACAACUUACUUGAUAGAUACUUGUCUCAAUCCAUUCACAAGGUGCUCCUCUUCCAUCUCCAAUUUCCUGUUGCUGACUCUCAAAUGUGCAGUGGCUCCAGAAAGGACAUUGGGCACUUUCUUCACUGUACUUGGGAUGGAGACCAGCAUUGAUGAUAUGGCAUGCUCUUGGCAGCUCUCAAAAUGUACUACAAUUAUCCCAGUCUCUUCUUUUUUUUUCCUGGUAAUUAUCACCAAAUAAAUAUGGGUGCGGGAGACCCUUCCAUCCAUGCAGCAAUCUUCAAAUGCCCUAGUGUAGCACCCAUAUUUCUUGAAAAUUUCCAGGGACUUGUUUCUACUUGUCUGCAAAGAAGCUGAGUGUUGAUAUUGUAUGAUAAACAUCUUAUGAAUUUGAAUGAAUUUGAAACUUUCUCAUUGACCUGCUUAUGAACUUAGCUUUCCAUUUGUUCUCUAUGCUUGCUGUCAUAUGACACAUGUUCUCAUUCAUUGGAGGCUAAAUAAUCCUAGUUUCUCCCAUCAUUCCUUGUAUUUGAGAACUUUGACACUAGGAUUGACCCCUGAGGACUUCUCUGUGCUGCUCCAACACUUUGGUAUCUCUGUGUUUCGGUCAUCUAAAAUCAGAUAAAGAAAUAUUUUGGUGCAGUCCUAUACUCGACUUGACUUCAGCUGCCUCAGCUAUGUAGCUGAAUAUUGCUAACUGCUACCCAUAUGUGAGAUAGUAUUCAUUCACCCAGCAUGGGCAGCACUGAUGGAGCUGACAUUUAUUGCUGAGCUGCACUUACCUGGGAAGUUGGUGAUGGGCCAAUUUUUCAUGCAGAACUGUUACGCAGUUUAGGCAUUUUUUUGAUUAAACUUCAUUCAACCUUUGUAGGCCUCUUUGAAAUCCCUAACUAAUUUGACAUGAUUCAUGGACUAUCAGUUGUUUUAUUUUCUGUGUGGACUGUCAGUAUUACUUAGUCAGUUUCUGCACUGUUGAAGCAGUUUGACUUACUAGGCUUUUAUAAUUUGCAAGAUUUCCAUUGUUGCUAGUCUGAAUAGGGUAGCGUCCUGUAUACAGCUUGAAUGUACAAUUGAGUUUCUGUAUUUUCAAAUGGGGUGAACUAGGCCUGUUAUAAAAGAGUGCUGUGUGGAGCACAUCCCAAAAUCCUGAGUCAUUCUGUAUUUAUUAAAUUUAGAUCAUUUUGUGUUAAUUAAUGGGAAGUAAUUUGUUCCAGUGAUCCUGGGAGUGGAUUGGUCAGCAGUGAGACGAAUCUUCACUUUGAGUGAACAGAAAAUUUUCAAUUUUGAAAGAAUGAAUACUUCAACGAAUCCUGAUGGAUUGUUAACAGGUAUCCGUUGUCUAUUCACCCUGACUAGGUCAGGCUUAAUUUCAAUAUUGUUUUAAUCCUGCUGGUUGCAUAGAGAAUAACACAGCACCACAGUCAGUCCAUUAAGCCCAUUAUGUUUGUGCCUGCUAUAUGCAGUUUAAUUACACUUUCCAUAAAACUCUGAAGAUGUUUUUCUAUUCUUACAUUUUUCUAAUAUACUUUAGAAAAUGUUAUUGAAUGUGCUUCUAAACCCUUUAAGACGGUACUUCCCGAUCAUCUGAUGUUUAUGUAAAAUAAAAUACACAUUUCUCAUGUUCCUCCUUGUUCUUUUGCCCACUACCUUAAAUCUGUGUGUUCUGACUACCAGCUUUUCUGCUUUUGGAAUCUGUUUCUUGGGUAUAGAGCAAGAGUAUAAGUUCUGAGCCUUUAAGAGUGAUUAAAGCGAGCCUUUGUAAUAUGAACACAGGACAGAGCAUUAGCAGGUUUUCUUCACAAGCUGGCUGUGCUUGCACUGGAACUGGGCACAACAUCUCCUACGUAUUAUAAUGAUUGGUUUGUGCUCCUCCACCUUGACUGCACUUGAAGGAAUGUAGUUCUUUCUGAAUUGAAACUUUGUUCUAUUGAGUCUGCGAAGCUGAAGGAUUGCAUGUAAAAUUAGACUGAGAUCACUUGUGGAUUUAACAGCCAAAUAUAUAGAGAGCACCAUACCUCAUCUGCACGUAUCCUCUACAUGUUGUGCUUCACAUCUUGAGCUUUUAUUAAUGUGGGCACCUUCUGUCAGCCAGAGGGUGACAUCUUUCUCCCUCCACCCCCUUCAAUAAAAAACUUACCACUGAUUCCUACCUUAAUCCCAUAUAUGAAGAUUGACUCCAUUUGCAAGAUACUGAAGGGCUGUUGGGAGUCUUGAAAUUCUAUUCCAACAAGAUUCAAUAUUUUUGUUGGGGAUUGGAGUGAAAAUGUUGUAAAGUGAUACUGGAACCUGGUAUUUUACAAGUUUCUAAAGCUAGGUUUCUUUCAUUUUGUUGCUGAACAUAUAUUUGACUUGCCAAACAGUGUUUGUUUGCUAUUAUGCUUUUCAUAUUCCCAGUACAAUCUGUCAUAUUUUCUCCCCUCAUGAUUAGAUCUUUCCUUGCCAGAUCUGUUUGUACCUCAGUCACUGACAAACCUGACCAACCCUGGCCUUAACCCUUUGCUUAUUUAAUUUCUUCAUUUCCCAUCAUAAGUAAACUUAUUUUUAUUUAAAAUAUUCUGCUAAAGAGCAGCUAAAUUAUGCCCAAUCUGCUUAUUUAAGAAAUAAGUGACACACACAGACCAGACAUGUCCUCAGCUCAAUUCAGUGUUUAUGUUGAAUUAAGUGAUCUUGACAAUGCUACAUACACAUGGUACAGUCAAACUUGUCACAUAUAGGUUCGAGGCAAGGGACAAUUAUGCUGCAAUGUUAUCCAAGCAUUGCUGGAAAAUACUUGCAGGUGAGAGGAGCAUCAGCAGAGGGCCCCUACCACCCACUGACCCCAGCCACUUGCUCAUUGUUGAUGACCAGUUUAUUUGCAGUGGACCUCUCCUUCCAUGUGUGAAUAAGUUGAUAAAACAUGAAGUGACUGUGGUGAGAAGAUCAUUAAGAAGGCGUUGUAAUGUUUAGAAAAGCUGAUUAAUUUUGUGUGAUAUUUUUGUUUCAUUUCAAUUUUAUAAACCACAGUUGAUUCUAAUGAGUGUUUGGUUUUGUGUGUGCAUUAAAAAUAAUGUUUAUUUGA